AGGUACGUACGUUUUUAUUCUAAUAAUGAACAGAAAUACACCACCGAAAGUCAAACAGCAGCCACUAGUUGAAGUAAAAUUGUGAAGACUACAUUGAAGAUUGCAGUAUACGCUACUGCAAGUCGUAGACUAUUCAUGAUCUCAUUUCACGUUUAAAUCAUUGACUGAAUGAGCAACUGUCAAUGAAUCUUCGCUGAAAUAAAAGAGAGGUCUGGUUAUGACUAGGAGGCCAGGUUGCAGUCUGUGAGGCCCUACUGUAGCUGGAGAUGGACACCCAGAAAGAGGACAUGGAGGGUUUGUGGUCACUCCUGUCAUGGCUGGCCUCCUGUGUGAUAGUGUUUGGCGGGUCCCUGCCCUAUGUGCCACAGUACCAGGAAAUCCAGAGGAGCAGCAACACUGAGGGAUUCUCUACCCGCGUCUGUCUGCUGCUGCUCAUCGCCAACAUCCUACGUAUUUUCUUCUGGUUUGGGAAACAGUUUGAACUGCCAUUACUCCUGCAGAGUGUGGUGAUGAUCAUUACCAUGCUGGCUAUGCUCCAGCUCUGCUGCAACAUCCAGCAAGCCAACCGAGUCAGCACCAAACAGCACCAUUUCACAGAUCUGGAUCUGCGCUACUUCUGGAGCUGGAGUUCAUUUGGGGACUACCUGCUGUUCUGCUUUGCCUUCACUGUGAUUUGUGCCUUGGUCACGCUGCUCCUGCUGGACUCUGUGCUGUUCGUGGAGGCCCUGGGCUCUCUUGCUGUGCUCUUCGAAGCCAUGCUGGGCCUACCACAACUGCUGCAAAAUUUCCACAACCACUCCACCCGUGGCAUGAGUGUGAAGAUGGUGCUGCUGUGGACGACUGGAGACGUCUUCAAGACGGCGUACUUUUGGAUAAACGACAGCCCGUCCCAGUUCUGGGUGUGCGGGGCGGUCCAGAUCUUCAUUGACGUGGCCAUCCUGGUGCAAGUGCUACACUACGGCCAGGACCUCUGGGUCAAACUGGGCUGAACCCAUUUAGA